AUGGAGGGUGUCCGUACAGUGACGCUUAAGUCGAAUUCCUCUUUUAGUGCGGCACAACGCCGUGGUGAUCACAUUGAAACUCACAAACGAUGGGCUGCUGGUCAAAACAAGCAGCGGACUAUCGAGAAAAACACAGCUAAACUAGAGGAGGAUACAGAGGAUUUGCACAAUGAUUUGGUUGACAUGGAUGUUGGUAAGAUUAUAAUGCAGGCAAGGCAGGAGAAAAACUUGACACAGAAAGAUUUGGCUACCAAAAUUAACGAAAAACAACAGGUAAUUGCAGAGUACGAACAAGGUCGUGCAGUAAAAAACCAAGCUAUUAUUUCGAAACUAGAGAGGGCUCUGGGAGUUAAAUUGAGGGGUAAAGAUAAAGGAAAGCCUUUGGGAAGUUCGAAGAAAAAUUAG